ACAAGGUGUACGAAGCUAAGCUCAGCUACUUUUCAUUCCCUUUACAAACCAGCUGAAGCGAAUGUAACAUCCCAACAAAUGACGGGAAAUAGCCAAGUUCCGCCGACGCUGCAAGUUGGUCUGAAAAUGCCUCUGUCGGAUCUGUUGGGUGAAAUCAUUUCCUGGAGUCUCAUGUGGCAGCAGUCUGCACUGAAGUGAUGCCUGCCCAGGAGAGCAGCCAUGCACAGCAUGUGCUGUCCUCCCUCAACCAGCAGAGGGCACUAGGGCAGUUUUGUGAUGCUAUGCUGAAUGUGGGUGAUGGGGUGGUCUACCUGGCCCAUCGCAACAUCCUCGCCUGUUUCAGUGAACUGUUCCAAGACAGCAACAUGCCCGCCAUACCCUGCAUGGAGGUUUGCCUUCAGGAGUGCCCUUACGAUGGCCUGGAGCUGCUCCUGAACUUCGUCUACACCGGAGAGCUGAAGCUGGAUGCUGUCAACCUGGAGAAGGUGCAGCGUGCUGCGUCCAGCCUGUGUGUCCCAGAGGCACUUGCACUCUGUCAGCGAUUCAUGGAAAGCUCCAGGGAAGAGGCUGUGCCUGUGAAACGCAAACGAGGGAGACCUAAAAAGUCCACAUCAGAUGCCUCCUCUGAUUGUUCAGUGAAGGAGGAGGCAUCAGUCGCAGUCACAAAAGAUGAGCCCAGCUUUGAUAUUGCCACAGCCGUCGCCACCACUGCUGUUACCACUACCACACGGUCUGGUCGCAGAGUUAAGGGCCCCAGGCGGCUGGUUGGUGAGAGCCCCACUACCGAUGUUACACUGACCGAAAAAGACAGCAAGAAGACCCAGCUCGCUCCUGUGGAGGAAGAAGGUUGUGAUGCUGUUGUAGAGAGUCAGAGCCCCCUGCAACCUACUGAGGAAAUAGAGAUGACCGAGCUGCAGAUUGAUAUAAACGACAACGGUGUCCGCCACGUAAAUGACAAUGAAGAAGAGGACGAUGGGGAUUUUGAGGGGCUCAACGAAGACUCAGAUGAGGAGUAUGUACCUGUUGCCCAGGCCAGCUCCACCGCCCCGUCUUCCUCCACAACACAGAGACGCAAAGCUCAGGGUAAAGCAGGCAAAAAGGAGAACGGUGAGGCUGCGGAAGACGACUCCAAGAAGGGCUCUGUCCAGUGUCCCACUUGCGGCAAAGCUUUCCGCAGCAAAUACUAUCUCAAAGUCCACAACAGGCGACACACAGGGGAGAAGCCAUUUGUGUGCCUUAAGUGUGGAAAGAGAUACUUCAGGAAAGAGAAUCUCUUGGACCACGAGUCCAGAAACUGUGCAAGAGUGCAGACGUACUCUUGCCCAACAUGCUCCUCAACAUUUAAGAGAAAACAAGAGCUACGCUUGCAUGUUAUCUCCCACACAGGGGACAUGCCCAACAAGUGUCUGUCAUGUCCCGAGCAAUUUAUGCACAAGAGAGACUUGACAGUUCACAUGAUUAAGGUCCAUGGGUUUCCCAAACCACAUGCAUGUUCCCAAUGCACCAAAUCCUUCUUGACUCGGACGGAGCUGCGUGUGCAUGAGGCAGCCAAGCAUCGCGGUGAGAAGCCGUUUGUGUGCGAGGAGUGUGGCCAUCGAGCCUCCAGCCGAAACGGCCUGCAGAUGCACAUCAAAGCCAUCCACAGAAACGAGCGUCCAUUUGUGUGCACCUACUGUGGCCAUGCAUUCACACAGAAGACCAACCUAAACAUGCAUCUGCGUGUGCACACUGGCGAGAGGCCCUACCAAUGUCACCUGUGCGGCAAAACCUUCAGGACGCAAGCCAGUCUAGACAAGCACCAUCGGACACACACAGGCGAGCGUCCGUUCAGCUGCGAGUUUUGCGAGCAGCGCUUCACAGAGAAAGGGCCCCUCGUCCGCCAUAUUGCCAGCAAGCACCAGGAGGGCCGUCCCCACUGCUGUCACAUCUGUAAUAAAACCUUUAAAGCCAUGGAGCAACUCCGCGUCCAUCUGCGUCGUCAUAAGGGCAUGAGGAAGUUUGAGUGUGUAGAUUGUGGCUACAAGUUCACUCGACAGGCCCACCUGCGACGCCACAGUCUAAUCCAUAAACGUACUGAGAACUACAACCCCAGGCAGAGGAAGCUGAGGAACGUGAUCGUGGAGGAAGGUCAGAGUGAGACCGAAGCAGCUGAAGCGACUGAAACAGCUGAAGCCUCACUUGUCAGCGAGGAGACGGACUACGACCCAAAGGCCCCCGCCGUCCAGGAAGCCCCGAACCCUGUUGUGCCAGGCCUCGAUGCCAACAGCAUAGUGCGGGUGGUCAUCCAAUCAGGGGAUCCGGUGAUGGAGGAAGUGGUGUCCAGCCAGAACGUGGGGCAUGGCCAGACUGUGGAGAGCUUCACGGUGUCAGAUGUCUUGCAGCAAACACAGAUGGUUACCGGGUACGAGUCGACGAUGGUUGUGGAAGGAAUUGUAGAGGACAUAUCAGAAAGCAAGACCUGAGGACUCAAAUGCCCGGGAUUGAGUGUAGCCCAUAGCAAAUUUAUACAGCCAAUCCUAAAACAAACUGAAAUGCAAGAGAACGUGAAGCGCAGCCUAUAGCAUUUGGCCUCGGUGAUCUGAAGACAACUUGGCUACUGGUACAUUUGCAGACAUCUGUUGGUUGACAGUAGCAAGUCACUCCCAUGCUUUUACUGGUUAUUUUUAAGCGAGCUGCAUGCCUGUGGGGGUUGCUCAUUGUGUAAUUAUCCUUUUUGGUUUGUCUUAUUGCGUCUUCGGUCAUCCAUGGGCCUUCUGUAACUGUAGUCUGGGAAAAUCAGUGUUUUUGUAGCAUUUUGUCAUUGAAGGGAUGAGUUGGAUGGACCCAAAUCUGCCGAGACUCCAAGAAGGAGUCCUGAUGGUGGCUGAUAAACAGGGUCAAUGUGUGUAAUGACUCCUGGUCUCGGAUUAAUGACCAAGUCUCCUUAACUAUCUCAUUCAGAAUGUCCAAAAAGCAAUCAUAUUUUUUCUAUAUAAAUGGGCCUUCUGAAGAUCCUCCUUUGGAGUCAAAAAGCUAAACAGAUGUAUUUUAAAAUUAUACUGAUAAGGGAUUUUAUGGAAUUGAAUUUCUUUCCACGCUGUAUGUCACCAACUGUCCAAUGUAAAUGAGAAAUUGUGAAUGUCAAUAACCUGUUGAUGACUCAUCAAAUGUGAAGCAGCAGAAUAAACUCACAGACCUGCCUGCAGCUUUAUUUAUGGUAACCACACUGUAAAGGACAUUUAGCACUAUACAAACUCAUUACAUGAGGGAAAUGAUAAAUUUACAAAAUUGUUUAAACAGCACAAACUUGUAUGAAAACUAAG